UUUUCCCGUUUUCCCGUUGGCCGUAGUGAGUGAGUGGAAUUCGCUGGCUGCCUCGGUGGGAAUUUCGCUCAAGCACAUAGAGCGGCCACCGCCAUGGCUGAACGCCGCGCCUUCGCCCAGAAGAUAAGCAGGACUGUGGCAGCAGAGGUCAGGAAGCAAAUAGCCGGUCAGUAUGGGGGCUCCCCACAGCUCUUCAAGAACCUCAACACUGGGACCAUAACAAGUAACACAGUUCCACUCACGGAGGCAGUAGAACCAGUGGAUUUCGAGGAGUACCUCAUCACUCACCCUCCAAUUGUGGAGUCAGGACCCCUUAGAGAUCUGAUAGAAUUUCCCCCAGAUGAUAUUGAAGUCAUCUGCACACCCAGGGAAUGUCGCACAGUCGUCCAAGCCAUCCCAGAGGAAGGGGACACUGACCGUCAUGUGAGAGACUGUGCCAGAUCUUACACAGAGGACUGGGCCAUAGUCAACAGAAAGUACCACAAACUUGGCACAGGUUUUAACCCUAAUUCAUUAGAUAAACAAAAGGAGCGCCAGAAGGGCUUGCCCAAACAAGUGUUUGAGGCUGAUGAAUUACCGGACAGCAGCAGCUACCAAGAUGACCAGGAUGACCUAAAGCGGCGGUCAAUGUCCAUUGAUGACACCCCUCGGGGAAGCUGGGCUUGCAGCAUCUUUGACUUGAAGAAUUCCCUCCCUGACUCCCUCCUCCCCCAUCUUCUUGAUCGUGCCCCCAAUGAAGAGAUUGACAGACACAAUGAGGAUCAACGCAAGACCAACCGCCAUCGGGAACUCUUUGCUCUGCACCCAGCUCUUGAUGAGGAAGACCCUAUUGAGCGGCACUGUGUGCCUGAAGUUCCCAAAGAACAUUUUGGCCAGAGACUACUUGUCAAGUGCUUGUCCUUGAAGUUUGAAAUCGAAAUUGAACCCAUAUUUGCUAGUUUGGCUUUAUAUGAUGUCAAGGAAAAGAAAAAGAUAUCAGAGAACUUUUUCUUUGACCUGAAUUCCGAGCAGACAAAGGCAAUGUUGCGUCCACACAUUCAGACUGCAGCUAUUUCCACGUUAGCACGCUCUGCCAUAUUCUCCAUCACCUAUCCCUCUCAGGAUGUCUUCCUGGUAAUCAAGUUAGAGAAGGUCCUGCAGCAAGGAGAUAUUGGGGAGUGUGCUGAACCCUAUAUGGUCUUCAAAGAAUCUGAUGCUACCAAGAACAAAGAAAAAUUGGAGAAACUCCGCAGUCAGUCUGAGCAAUUCUGCCAACGCCUUGGUCGAUACCGCAUGCCAUUUGCUUGGACUGCCAUCCACCUAAUGAAUAUUGUCAACAGUGCUGGCAGUCUCGAGAGAGAUACUGAGCUGGAGAUGAGCCUUUCAGAGAGAAAGGGCUCAUGGUCAGAACGGCGGAACUCGAGCAUCAUGGGAAGACGGUCCCUGGAAAGAACCACCAGUGGAGAUGAAUCAUGUAGUCUUACUGGUUUCAGACCUGCGACUCUAACCAUCACCAACUUCUUUAAACAGGAGGGUGAUAGGCUGAGUGAUGAGGACUUGUAUAAGUUUCUUGCUGAUAUGAGAAGACCUUCCUCAGUGUUGAGGAGACUCAGACCCAUAACAGCCCAGUUGAAGUUGGACAUUUCUCCAGCUCCAGAGAACCCCCAUUAUUGUUUGACACCUGACCUCUUGCAGGUUAAACCUUACUCAGACAGUAGAGUGCGCCCCACCAGGGAGAUCUUGGAGUUUCCUGCCAGGGAUGUAUAUGUGCCAAACACCACAUACAGAAAUCUGCUGUAUGUGAACCCCCAGAGUCUCAACUUUGCCAAUCGCCAAGGCUCAGCCCGCAACAUUACAGUGAAAGUGCAAUUCAUGAAUGGAGAAGAUCCAAAUAAUGCUAUGCAGGUGAUAUUUGGGAAGUCGAGCUGUGCUGAUUUCUACAAAGAGGCUUAUACUUCUGUAGUCUACCACAAUCGAUCCCCUGACUUUCACGAUGAGAUCAAGAUCAAGCUUCCUGCCUCCCUAUCGGACCACCACCACAUUCUCUUUACUUUCUACCACGUCAGCUGCCAGCAGAAGCAGAACACAUUACUGGAGACCCCUGUGGGAUACACGUGGAUUCCCAUGUUGCAGAAUGGACGUUUGCGGACAGGACACUUCUGUCUUCCUGUGUCUCUGGAAAAACCACCACAGUCAUACUCUGUACUUUCACCAGAUGUUCCUCUCCCAGGGAUGAAGUGGGUGGACAACCAUCGUGGGGUAUUCAAUCUGGAGGUGGUUGCCGUUUCAACUAUCCAUACACAGGAUCAGUACUUGGAUAGGUUCUUUGCAUUGGUGCAUGCGCUGGAUGAGCACAUGUUCCCAGUCCGUAUAGGAGACAUGAGAAUCAUGGAAAACAACCUGGAAACUGAACUGAAGUCCAGCAUAGCAGCGCUGAACUCUUCCCAGCUGGAGCCAGUCGUUCGAUUCCUUCACCUUCUACUUGACAAGUUGGUGUUACUUGUGGUCCGACCUCCAGUUAUUGCUGGACAAAUUGUGAAUCUUGGUCAGGCAUCGUUUGAGGUUAUCGCAGCCAUUGUAAACCGUCUCCAUAAGUACUUGGACACCAGCCAGGACAUGCAUGGCCGCAACAGCCUGCUUUCUUCAUACAUCCACUAUGUCUUCCGGUUGCCCAGCACAGACCCCAACUCGCCUUCGCCAGACAUACAAUCAUCCUUAACAGGCCCCGGAGGGCUAGGAGGUUCUGUUCACUAUGCCACCAUGGCUCGAUCAGCUGUGCGACCAGCCAGUCUUAACCUAAACCGAUCUCGUAGCCUUAGCAACAGUAACCCCGACAUCUCUGGUACGCCCACCUCUCCUGAUGAUGAGGUUCGCUCCAUCAUCGGCAGCAAGGCCAUGGAGCGCUGUGGCAAUCGCAUGUCUUCGCACACAGAGAGCGCCAGUUUCUUGCAAACUUUAACAGGACGAUUGCCCACAAAAAAGCUCUUUCAUGAGGAGUUGGCCCUCCAGUGGGUUGUGAGCAGUGGAAGUGUCAGGGAGGGCGCACUCCAGCAGGCCUGGUUUUUCUUUGAGCUUAUGGUGAAGAGCAUUAUCCACCACCUCUACUUCGCCGAACGCCUCGAGUCACCCAGAAAGAACCGAUUCCCAGAGCGCUUUAUGGAUGACAUCACAGCGUUGGUCAGCACCAUUGCCGGAGACAUUGUAUCACGUUUCCAGAAGGAUCUGGAGCUGGUUGAGCGACUGAAUACAAGUCUAGCUUUCUUUCUCAAUGAUUUGCUGUCCGUCAUGGACAGAGGCUUUGUCUUCACCCUUAUCAGGACGUACUGGAAACAGGUGUCCACAAAGGUUUACACUCUCCAAAACCCGACAUUAGAGUCUCUGAGGCUGGAUUUUUUGAGAAUAGUAUGCAGUCAUGAGCACUAUGUCACCCUCAACUUGCCUUGCAGCUUGCUCACGCCACCUGCCUCACCAUCACCGUCUGUCUCUUCAGCAACUUCGCAGAGCUCUGGGUUCUCCACACAUGUUCAGGACCAAAAAAUAGCAAAUAUGUUUGAACUGUCUGUGCCCUUCAGAGAGCAACACUUUAUGGCUGGGCUGGUACUGUCAGAACUGUCUGUGAUACUUGACCCAGACAAUGAGGGGAUGUUUGGCUUGCAUAAGAAAGUGGUUAGUGUUGUACACAACCUACUGUCCAGCCAUGACUCUGACCCACGUUAUGCAGAUCCAGAGGUCAAAGCCCGAGUAGCUAUGCUGUACCUUCCUUUGAUUGGCAUUGUCAUGGAGACCCUGCCUCAGCUCCAUGACUUCACAGAAUCCCUUAACCAGUGGGGUCGACCAGGUGGGCCCCAGGGCGUCACUGUCGGCAGCAACGGAGAAGAUGUUGAGGCAGAAGGAAACAGCAUGAUUAAUCAGACUGUUGCCAUGGCCAUAGCAGGCACCACCACUACCUCUCCAAUGUCCAGACCAAGCAGCUUCUUGUUGAGUUCGCAGGCGAAUCGUCAGCAUGGAAGUUUCUCGGCCGAGUCAAGUCGCAGUCUGCUCAUCUGUCUGCUGUGGGUGCUUAAAAACGCAGAUGAGCUGGUGUUGCAGAAGUGGUUCACAGAUCUUUCAGUCUCACAGCUGAACCGCCUGUUAGAUCUCCUCUACCUCUGUGUCUCUUGCUUUGAGUACAAGGCCCAUGUUGUGUUCACCAUGCAGGGGAAGAAAGCUUUCGAGCGCAUGAACAGUCUGACUUUCAAAAAGUCUAAAGACAUGAAAGCCAAGCUGGAGGAGGCCAUCUUGGGUAGCAUCGGUGCCAGGCAGGAGAUGGUGCGACGCAGCCGUGGGCAGCUAGAGCGUAGUCCUUCAGGCAGUGCCUUUGGCAGCCAGGAAAAUCUGCGGUGGAGGAAGGACAUGACCCACUGGAGACAGAACAGUGAAAGAUUAGACAAGAGUCACAGAUCACUCAGGACAAGAGCAGAGUUGGAGCAUGAAGCACUUAUUGACGGUAACCUUGCGACAGAGGCCAACUUAAUCAUUCUUGAUACACUGGAGAUCAUUGUACAGACGGUAUCGGUGACAGAGUCCAAGGAGAGUAUCCUCGGUGGGGUGCUGAAAGUGUUGCUUCACAGUAUGGCCUGCAAUCAAAGUGCCCUCUACCUGCAGCACUGUUUUGCUACACAGAGAGCACUAGUGUCGAAGUUUCCUGAAUUGCUGUUUGAAGAGGAGACAGAGCAGUGUGCUGACCUGUGCUUGCGACUGCUAAGGAGCUGCAGUAGCAGUAUAAGCACCAUCAGGGCCCACGCCAGCGCCUCCCUCUACCUCCUCAUGAGGCAGAACUUUGAAAUUGGCAACAAUUUCGCUCGGGUGAAGAUGCAGGUGACCAUGUCGCUUUCAUCAUUGGUGGGAACAUCCCAGAAUUUUAAUGAGGAGUUUCUGCGUCGCUCUCUGAAGACCAUCCUUACUUAUGCAGAGGAGGACCUUGAGCUUCGGGAAACGACUUUUCCAGACCAGGUGCAAGACCUUGUUUUUAACUUGCACAUGAUCCUGUCUGACACAGUCAAGAUGAAGGAACACCAGGAAGACCCUGAAAUGCUAAUUGAUCUUAUGUACAGGAUUGCAAAGGGUUACCAGACGUCCCCAGACUUGCGGCUUACAUGGCUCCAGAAUAUGGCCGGAAAACACUCGGAGAGGAACAACAAUGCUGAAGCUGCUCAGUGUUUAGUGCACAGUGCUGCCUUGGUAGCGGAAUACCUGAGCAUGUUGGAGGACCGCAAAUAUCUCCCUGUGGGCUGUGUGACCUUCCAGAAUAUUUCAUCCAACGUGUUGGAGGAGUCUGCUGUCUCUGAUGAUGUGGUGUCACCGGAUGAGGAAGGCAUCUGCUCUGGAAAAUACUUCACUGAGCUCGGCCUUGUGGGACUCUUAGAGCAAGCUGCUUCAUCAUUCUCUUUGGCUGGCAUGUAUGAGGCAGUGAAUGAAGUCUACAAGAUACUGAUCCCAGUCCAUGAAGCCAACAGAGAUGCAAAGAAGCUAGCCACCAUUCAUGGUAAACUACAGGAAGCCUUUGGCAAAAUUGUCCAUCAGAGUACUGGCUGGGAGGAUGGGAAGAGGAUGUUUGGAACGUACUUUAGAGUUGGAUUUUAUGGUUCCAAAUUCGGCGACUUGGAUGAGCAGGAGUUUGUGUACAAAGAGCCAGCCAUCACCAAGCUGGCGGAAAUCUCUCACAGGCUGGAGGGUUUUUACGGGGAGCAGUUUGGAGAAGAUCAAGUAGAAGUCAUCAAGGACUCCAACCCAGUAGACAAGUGCAAGCUUGACCCAAAUAAGGCAUUCAUUCAGAUCACGUACGUGGAGCCCUACUUCGACACGUAUGAGAUGAAGGACCGCAUCACCUACUUUGACAAGAACUACAACUUGCGUCGUUUCGUCUACUGCACCCCCUUCACUCUGGAUGGACGUGCCCACGGGGAUCUGCAUGAGCAGUUCAAACGCAAGACCAUCCUGACCACCUCUCAUGCCUUCCCUUACAUCAAGACGCGUAUCAACAUUGUCCACAAAGAGGAGAUUAUUUCCACUCCUAUUGAAGUGGCCAUCGAGGACAUGCAAAAGAAGACGCAGGAACUUGCCUUUGCUACCCACCAAGACCCUUCCGAUGCCAAGAUGUUGCAGAUGGUCUUGCAGGGGUCAGUGGGCACCACUGUCAACCAGGGUCCUUUGGAGGUUGCACAGGUGUUCCUGUCCGAAAUCCCCAGUGACCCAAAACUUUACAGACACCACAAUAAGCUACGACUCUGCUUCAAGGACUUCACAAAGAGGUGUGAAGAUGCCCUGCGUAAGAACAAGAGUUUGAUCGGUCCUGACCAGAAGGAGUACCAGAGGGAGCUGGAGAGGAACUACCACCGCCUGAAGGAGGCGCUGCAGCCGCUCAUCAACAGAAAGAUUCCUCAGCUUUACAAACCUGUGCUACAGGUCAACUCACACAGAGAUUCUUUCAGCAGAUUGAGUCUUCGCAAAGUUGAAAUUUGAAGAUGAAGAACGUACAUACACACAAAGCAACACCAGAAGAUGCAAUAUUAAUUUAUUCUUGUGUAAAUAGUAGCGUGUUCCGAAUGGGUCACAGUGUUUGUUUCUGGCUUCAAGUGUUCCAACUUGGUACGUCAUUCCAGUGUCUUAACUUGUUUACACAACUCAGUCAGCAGGGUGAACAAGUGGAUCUGAUCUUAAAGAGACACCUUGACCUUUUAAAUUUGGGGAACAUUUUCCCCAGAGGCUGUGUUGAUAAUGUAAGCCUUUUGUCGAGAGGUACGAGACUCUGCUCGCUGUGAGCUCCCAAGCAACUGGUACCAAGAAUGUUGCCAUACCGUUAUUGGUUCCAAAAAGUGCCAAAAAAAAGUUGGUUUUUUUUGCCAAAUUCUUUAACAAACGUUGCAAAUGUCAAGGUGUCUUUUUAAUAAUGUAUGUGUUUUUUAAAAAAAAAUAAAUCUGUAUUUAAAGUGUGCACUUUUUUUCUGGUGUAGCAAUGCAUUUCACAACUUGAAAGGUAAGGUUAUGUGGGAGGGGUGGAAAAAUGAAAACGUACACAAAAAAAAGAUUAUUUAUCAUAUUGCUUUAUCACAUUUUUGUUAAAACUACAAUGUUUUAAAGUUAGGUACUGAAAUUGUAUAAUUUUAUGUAGUUCUGUUUUGUUAAUUUUAAAUAUUUUACUAAAUAAAUAUUUUAAUGUUCAGGCCUAUGCUGGUCAUAAAUUUGCCUCUGGUUAUCUGUUCAUGCCUCAUGCAAAACAUAUAUUUUACACACACUCAAAAUUAUUCGCUUAUCUGCCCUGGCUGAGAUAUGAAUUUAAGUGACAGCCCAGUCUGAAUCCUUAGGGUUUAAUAUGACAUUGGUCUGCCCUCUGCAGUUAUAACAUCUUACUCUUCUGGAAAGGCUUUCCACAAGGUUUAGGAGUGUGUUCAUGGGAAUUUAUGACAACCUUUCCAGAACCGCGUUUGUGCGGCCUGGCUCUCAGCCCUCCGCUCUAUUUCAUCACAGUGUUCUAUAGGGUUGAGAAUGCAGCCCUAUGGGUGGCACAAGUCAGUGCAAACUGUAGGCCGG